CUGCCGGGAUGCUGCUGUUGAUUUUAGGUCGGGGCUGUUUGAUGUCAGUCGAGGUUAAGGGGUAUGUAAAGGAGACUAAGUGAGACGAGGAGACAGAGACAGAGAUGAGGGGCCUCAGGUUGAGAGACAAAGGACACAGUACCUGGCAUCUGGGAGAGAAGGAGUAGAAGUCUGUGAAAAGGUGAGAGAGGGACACUGUCUGCCCCACUGUCCAGCGACACCAUGAGCUGGAGCUUCCUCACGCGGCUGCUGGAGGAGAUCCACAACCACUCCACCUUCGUGGGGAAGCUGUGGCUCACCGUGCUCAUCGUCUUCCGCAUCGUUCUCACUGCCGUUGGGGGAGAGUCCAUCUACUACGACGAACAGAGCAAGUUUGUCUGCAACUCGGGCCAGCCGGGCUGCGAGAAUGUCUGCUAUGACGCCUUUGCCCCUCUUUCUCACGUCCGCUUCUGGGUCUUCCAGAUUAUCUUGGUGGCAAUGCCUUCUCUCAUGUACAUGGGCUAUGCUGUGAACAAGAUUGCACGAUUAGAUGAAGCCAAAGGAGGAGGUGGUUCUGCUGCAGUCAGAACAGGAGGAGGGGGCUACACACACAGGAAGCCCAGGAAAAUCUGCUUUGGAGCACGGCAGCACCGGGGCAUCGAGGAGACCGAGGAGGACCAGGAGGAUGAUCCCAUGAUCUAUGAGGUGCCAGAAAUCGAGCCCCCAAAAAGGCCGCGGGAUCCACUGCAACCCACACCCAGACCGAAAGUCCGGCAUGACGGGCGCAAACGUAUCCAAGAUGAGGGACUGAUGCGGGUCUAUGUUUUGCAGCUGGUGACUCGUACAGUGCUAGAAGCAGGCUUCCUUGCAGGCCAGUAUUUGCUGUAUGGGUUCCGUGUGACGCCCGUGUUUGUGUGCUCGGGGAAACCUUGUCCCCACAGUGUUGACUGCUUUGUGUCCCGGCCUACAGAGAAGACCAUCUUCCUGCGCAUCAUGUACGGUGUCACUGUCCUUUGUCUCACGCUUAAUGUUUGGGAGAUGCUCCACUUGGGGAUUGGCUCCAUCUGUGACAUUCUUCGGCGUCGGCGCUGCCCACCUCAGGAGGACGAGUACCAGUUGGGCUUGCUGGGCACCAACGGGGGUGUGGAGGGUUCAGUAGGGGGGCCAGGGCCUGAGGCAGGUUCUGAGGGAGGGGUAGGUGGAGAUGGAGCGGCUGAUUAUGUGGGUUACCCCUUUUCGUGGAAUACCCCAUCGGCUCCACCUGGCUACAACAUUGUGGUAAAGCCAGAGCAGAUGCCCUACACGGACCUUAGCAACGCCAAGAUGGCAUGCAAGCAGAAUCGGGCAAAUAUUGCUCAAGAGGAGCAGCAGCAAUUUGGUAGCAAUGAGGAUAACUUCCCCACUGGAGGGGAGGCCCGUGUGGCUUUGAACAAAGACAUGAUCCAGCAAGCUCAUGAGCAGCUGGAGGCGGCCAUCCAGGCCUACAGUCAGCAGCACCGGGCAGAGGAGCAGCUUGGUGACAACCAGGACGACAAGCCCCAAAGUAACAUCAUCCAGGCCCAACCGCAGCCACAGCCUCAGCCUCAGCCUCAGAAAGAGCGCAAGCAUAGAUUCAAGCACGGGAAAGGAGGCAGCAGUGGAGGAGGCAGCAGCAGCAACAGCAGCAGCAAAUCAGGAGAGGGCAAGCCCUCUGUAUGGAUUUAAUCCCAAAACAGUGACAUGUAUUGAAACCAUGUAUAUAUUAGAGACUGGAUGACGAGCUGCUGCAAUCUUCCUUGGAUAUUUAAACACCACUGUGCCUUAAAGAAUCCUGCAAGCUGGAGAAGAUGUGUAUUUGUGUACUAAGGUGUGUAAAACACGUGAUGUUGCAGCUGACGAUUUGUGUUGUCUGGGCUAUCACUGUCUAGCUUGAAACAUCACACAAACACAAACUGUAAUAGGCUACAGUCUGUCGUUUACAUGUCUCGUUCUUCUCAAGUCCUAAAGCAGAUUUUGACCUCUGAUGUCUUCCCGUUCAUCCUUUCUUAGGGAUUUGAACUUUGGAAAAUUACUGAAUGAUAAUGAGUUCUGUUGCAAAUCAGAUUGAUCCCAGAUUUGGCUUAGCUCAUUUUCGGGCUGCUCCUCUGCAAAGACACUGUCUCCAAUAUAACAUUGGCACCCUAAUUCUUGGGCCAAAUUACAAUGACAUCAAAAUGAAGUAUCAUCAUAACACAAAGGCAAAGGGAUGCCGUAUCAUCACUAUGCCUUGGCAAGCUAAAGCUACGACUUCGUACUAUAAUGAUGUUACCACGGCACGUCAUUACAACAUAAAUGCAAUAAAAUGAAACGUAAUUCAGUGGCGGCGCCUAAAACAGUGACUUUAUGAUGUGAUGCAGUGAGAACAUCCCCUUCCUGAAGGCUGUGUCCUGUCAGUCAUGUUCUGUCUGCUUUCUCUCCAGCGUCACAGUGUCAUGUUGCUGUGACUUUGCAAUUGACAGUGUGUUUGUAUAUGUUUCAUGUGUUCUCUUUUUUUCAUGUGUGCUACACCGGCUGCUGCUCAGAAACCAAUGAGUACAGCAGGUGGCUUUUUAUCCAUCUCAACUUUCCUGAGACAAAAUGUUCUUUAUAACAAGGUGCAUAAACAAUCCAGUUUUUAUACCUUACUCUUCAGCUUCUCAGUUUCUCUCUCUGUCUCUUCAUGGCUAUUGAGCAAGGCUGCUCCGCACUCCACUGGUGGUCCAUCUGCCUUGUAGUUGACUGCCCCCUGGUGGUAUCUUCUACAGGCCUUUCUGUAUUGGAGAGUAGAUACCAGUUGCCAAUGCUACCUGCAUCCAGCAACACCUUAACCAGAUGUAGUGUUCCUUUUCUAUUGACAAGCCUUGUGUUAGUUGAGUCUU